AUGGAUGACCUUUCCGCAAUUGACUGGUCAAAGCCGCGCGGCCUUCAGCCGAAACCGUCUCCCAUGAACCCUUCCUAUCCGUCGCUGCGACCGACGCCCUCCCCGCAAGACUCUGGACGCAGCACGCCCCUGUCACCACAGGCUUCCGCAGGGCCACUGCCCAAGACAGCUCCCGCCAAGCCCGCGCAGGACAGCUUCAGCAAUCUCGUCAACUUUGGCUCGGCCAAGGCGUCCCAGAAUCUGACCCUCGCACAACGACAGGCGCAGCUCGAGGCCGACAAGAGGCGGAAGGAAGAGGAGCGCCGGAAGCAGUCUGAGGCCCAGUUUGGUAGCGCACAGCAGUGGGAUGCGCUGGGGUCGCGAAGCUUCACCGCCAGUCCGGCCUUUCCCUCGAACGGAGCCGCCGACGAUGGAGACCUGUUCGCCGCCUUCAACAAGGACACAAAGGUUGACCAGGCGAGCCAUUACCCGCCACCCAGCUCAGAUCGCUCGACUCCUGCCAACGGCGGGCAUCUCGACCUGAGCGAUCCGAUUGCCUGGAAUACGACGGCUACCUCCAACGGCGAAAACAUCGACGACGACGAUCCCUUUGGGCUCAACGACCUGAAGCCCAGCGCCGCCCCGCAUUCCCUCCCCAAAAGCACCGCGGAUGACGACGACUUCCUUGGCGACCUCGGACGACCGGUGGACGAGGUGCGGAAGAAGCGGCAACAGGCGGCGCAACCCGAGCCUGGAAAGCCCAUCGAGAAUGACGACUCCAGCUCAUCGGAAGACCAACGACGGCCACGUCCUCGGGAACCCAGCCGGAAACCCAAGCCGAGCAACGAUGCCUUUGACCGGGCUCUGGCACAGCUUCUGGACUACGGCUUCUCGCCCGAGGAUGCUAGACGAGGCUUGAUGCAGAGUGGCAGUGGGGCCAAUGCCGAGGCCGCGGCCAACUGGCUUUUGGACGAGGCUCACCGAAAAGCCAAGCAAAAAUCACGGGGAGCAGGUCCGCCGGCGGAUCCGAGCGCUGCCAGCCACGCUGAUCCCAGGAUGGCGGCCGCCAGAGGUGAGGCCGACUUUACCAAGUCUGCCGCUGCCGUGGGAAAUAGCUUGUUCAAGACGGCCAACUCGCUGUGGAAGACGGGGCAAAAAAAGGUCCAACAAGCAGUAGCCGAUUUCCAACAAGAAGGGGAAUCAAGCCAGCCGAAAUGGAUGCGUGAUGCACAACAAGGGCGCGCCCAGGAGUCGCGGGCAGCCCGUGCGACCAAAUUCACCGAUGAAGUCCUCGCUCUGGAUCAGAGUCGAAGCAGCUCGGCUCCCCGGUGGCAGCAACAGCAAUCCACCGUUGCCCCACUGUCGGACGCGCGAUCGAGGCUCAACCGACUGGCAGGGGACGACGAUAGCUUCUCAAGCCAUGUGAGCGCAAACAGGAGGAAGAAGCCUGCGCCCCCGCCCGAGCCGAGCAAGCCCGAGCCCGAGCCCGACCUCCUGUUCAGUUCCGCGUCUUCAAAAGCCUCCCAACCUCUACCUCAACGCCCGGUCCAGCGGACUGUCCCGUCGCCUGCGAAGCGCCCUCAGGCGGCCGCGACGCCGCCACGGCACGUCACCCCUCAGCGAAAGCGCCAAAUCCCUCCAAUCAAUCCCGCCGCCAUGCAGACCUCUACAAAGCAUCGGUUGGAAGGGACAGCCCACUUCAAGCGCGGUGACUAUGCCACGGCCCAUUCAUCGUACUCGUCGUCGAUAUCCGCCGUUCCCGCCACGCACCCCUUGAUGAUCGUCCUCCUCACUAAUCGAGCGUUGACUGCGCUCAAGACGGGCGAGCCGAAGCAGGCAGUGACAGAUGCCGACGAGGCCUUGAAGCUGAUUGGGCCCGGGAACGGACAAGGCGAGACGGUUCCCGUGCAAGGCGAAAACGGCCAGGUGGAAAACAGGGACAUGAAAGAGUUGCACGGCAAGGCACUGUGCCGGAAAGCCGAGGCGCUCGAGCAAAUGGAGAAAUGGGCCGAUGCCGGUGCCGUGUGGCAACAGUGCGUGGAAGCCGGCGCCGGCGGACCGACGGCCAUCAAGGGGCGCCAGCGCUGCCAGAACGCCCUGGCCCCGAAACCCAGGGCGCCAGCGAAGCCGGUGUCAAGGCCGAGGCCGAAGCCCUCUGCCGCCGCCAGUCUUGCACCCCAGAAGAGCUCCGAGGCUGUUGUGCGACUGCGAGAGGCCAACCAGGCGGCGGCGCGAGAGGACGACGAGAAGUUUGCCCUCUCGGAGAAGGUGGAUGCCAAGGUGUCGGCCUGGCGGGAUGGAAAGCGGGACAAUCUCCGCGCCCUGCUGGGCAGCAUGGACAAGGUGCUCUGGGAGAGCAGCGGGUGGAAGAACGUCGGGAUGCACGAGCUGGUCAUGGCGAACAAAGUCAAGAUUGUCUACAUGAAGGCGAUUGCCAAGACGCACCCGGACAAGCUACCCCAAGACGCGAACACCGAGGUUCGGCUCAUUGCCGGGCUGGUCUUUAGCACCCUUAACGAGAGUUGGGACAGGUUCAAGGCGGACAAUGGGCUUUGA